CUACCAUGACUUCUUCGUGGCCAUCGUCAUCUCCAUGUCGUGCUCGUAACGUCAAUUCCAAGUCACUCUCGUUGUCGCGGGCUAUCUCCACCGCCAAUGUUGGGAUAUAACGAAUCCCCAAUUUCCGACUACGAGUGUCAUCGAUUACAACCAAGGAGGCCAUGGUGCGACCAACCAUUUUGCAUCCAAAUGUGCAAAUCAACGACAUAACGACCGCCUUCCGGGCUGCCACGUCCACCCUAAAACCCGGCCAGCUGGUUAAAGAUGAGCACUUUACUUUGUUCGAGGCCGUCAGUGCCUUGGAGAUUGGCGAUCCCAAGAUGGACAGCGGGUGUUAUCCUGGCGAGGAAGCCGAGGAAGACUACGACUUCGCAACAGCAUUCUCUGCAGAGGAACUCAUCUGGUUGAUGGAUGAACUGAUCUGUCGCGAGGUCGCAUGGCACAUGGGCUACCCGCUCUCUCAAACUCUUUUCACGUCUGUCCAUAUCGAACGACUGCUUUGGCCAGAGCCCAAAUCAUUAGACGAGGCCAGCUUCCAUAAACGAGUGCCUGUCUCGACACCACUUCCACCUCUCCUGACUCACAUUUUCCAGCCUUUCUGCUUGGCAUUAAUCAAGUGUUGCGAUCUUGUUCUAACAAUGAUUCUAAAUUCACAUUAUUACGAGGAAGAGGAUUUUGCUACGCAGGUUUUCAACCGUCCCUUGCUACACAGCGUGGCGGUCGACGAUAUUUUGGUUGUCUUGCAGAGUGCUCGGACUCAUCUUUCUACCCUUGCUUUGGCCCCAGAUCUCGAAGCUGCCAUUGCUGCCAGACUAGACUUACGCCUGUCCUUCCUAUUCAUGCUUCACUCAUGUGCUGAUGCAACAAUCCCUGAUCCAGUACGAGUCCGAAACCCUCGAUCCAUCAUUGAAGUCGUGCAAACCUCCUCCCAUCUUGGGAAGCCCGUGAUCUCGGAAGUCUUCACACUGAAGAUCCAACGGCGACUGGCGAGCAGCGUCCCGCCCAGGCCUAUGGUUGUUAUCAAUCAUCAGGAGUCCUUCAAAUUCCUGACACAGCUGUUCACCGAUUCCAUCAAUGCCUUUGAGCUACUUGACGUUUCAUGCAGCGCGGAUCUGCUGGCAGCCUAUCAAGUCUUCAUGUCCCAGAACCCACAACCUGCCGUCUAUGUUCGAGCACUCGUGCAAUCCUUCUUGAGCCUAGAUUAUAACGUUCUAGGGAGGUUUACUGCACAAGAAUUUGUUUUCCAAGAUCUCCGACCUUUGGCAGCACCCGACUACCUGUUGACGCAGGAUCUAACGUGGAAUGAAAGGUCUUUCAGUACUGAACAAUUACAGAUCCUCAAUCAGAUGACAGAGUUUGCAGGUCGUGUUGGCCAGUCAUUCGUCAACAUCUUCCGUGCGCAGUGUUUGAGCCGAUCUCGACUUCGACGCACCACGUGUCAUGCUGCCCUAGAAUGGGAUCAGAUCCAGGCCGAAGCCGAGGAGCUCGACGCAUCCUAUCAGUCUGCUUUUGGAGAAUCGCCGCGAACGAUCCCCGGUGGUGAAGACCAGAUGUUUUCAUACACCUUCAGUAGUUGGGUGUACCAUCACAAGCUCUGUCAGUUAGCUACCAUUCACCAGCUCGGGUUCGAACUUUCCAUCUACGCUCCCUAUGAAUAUGUCCAAACCCUAUGGCAUUUGGCGUGGGUGAGCAAUGCGCAUAUCUCUCAUCUAGAUAGAAUCAGCCUCUUUGUCGCUUCAGAUGGCGAAUUGGACGCCAUGUGGGGUCGCAAGGCUCCCGCUCAUCUUCGCCAGCUCUUUCGCCAAUUCACUUGGCUUAAGGCCGUUGAAGCCUUGGCUAAAGCACUACACGGCGUCUAUGUGGUGCUGCAACGCCAUGGACAUGUUCAACAACCAACCCCAAGCUACUCGACGCACGAUUUAAGAUAUGAGCUACGACUGCGACCGUUCCAACAUCUCUCAAUCCCCGAGCCGCUCACCGCGGAGGUUGCCCGACAAGGCUAUCUUCUCGAGGGUUUUUCGGAUCAAGUGGUGCUCGAUCAGGCCUCGAGAAACAACCAGAUCGCCAGAAAGACCUGGGAUGAAAUUUUGAAAAAUCGAUGGAACUCUCAGCCGUUGCUCAGCGCCCCAGAUGGAUUAGGGGGUACUUCUUCCUCGAUCAUUGAAAAGGAAUGGACACAGGGAAUACGAAACUGCAUCAAAGCAUGUAUUGGGAACGGAAUCGCCAUUAGUGUGCUCAGCAACACAUUGAACAGGAACAAGGCGAUGCUGUCUGCGCUCACAGUCACCAUUGCGGAGUCGGGUCAUCGAGAUCGUUGGCAUCCAUCCUGGCCAGUACCCAAGAUUUCAAGCUGACCAAAUCGUGAAACCACGAUUUAUUAGUUUUUCAAUGCUUUCUGUGCGCAAUAUGGUAGCUUUAAUAUGAUUCGUUACCGCCCGCACCCUGGGCUGUAUUGGGCUGAGUAGCACAAUAGAAUGGC